AUGAAGUGCCUGAAGAAACCGGCCAAAGCAAGGCAAAGACGUGUGUUGAAGCGACCUGCCAAAGAUGCCAAAAAGGGUCCUGAGAUGAAAGAAGUUCUGAGAAAGAAUAUAGGAGCAGCAGACCGAGAGACCUUUGUGGCGAAGUUGAGAACAUGGGCUGAGAACGAGAGUGUUGAAAUUGCGAAUUACCUGGUGAAGACGAAAGGAGCAAUGCGGAUUCAACACCUGAUGCAGUUUUUGAAGACGAAGUUGGGAGCAGAUAGGUUGCCUGAUGAGAAGGUUGUUGGAACAUAUUUGAAGAAUGUUCGUCUCAGAGGUGGAGAGGCUGACUUGGGACCAGACCUGGCAGUAGUGUUAACAUGUCCUCGGCUCUUCAGGCACACCCUUGAGAGGGUUGAGAACACCGCCUUGAAGCUAUGCUGUGACGGUGUUUACCGGAGUUCACGGGAAGGCUUUGUUGUGUGCACCUUGGGGGUGCUGGUGAAGUCAGAGGAUCCACCCACGAAGCUUCAGUAUGGUGCUGAUCGUGGUUUCAGCACUUCCUUUUUGGAGCUGCUGGUGGCAAUUUGUGCCUCGGAGUCGAAGGCAUCGUACCGGCAGCUUUUCCAAGCUUUCUGGAGAGCUGUCCAUUCUCUAUGCCAGGACUUGGGCCCAUUCACGGUUCAUCAGCUGCACGGAGACUGGCACCUUGGCCUCCGAGCUGCCAUCGCAGCUGAAUUUCCUGAUGCCCGCUACGUUGGGGACUGGAGCCAUUUCACUGGUGUUGUGCGUCGCAAAGGGGUCCAGGGCAGCAGCGCUGAGGAGGUGAAUAUCACUCGCUGGCGUGCUGGGGUUUUUGUGAAUCUGCGUGACGAGCUUUCCGACAAGGAGUUGGUGCAGGAUCUGGAAAGAUUCAUACACUGUGCCCGGUGGUUGCCGCAAGUUGUCUUCAGCCUGUACAUCGACGAGGUGCUGGCAUUCUUGGAGAGCAAAGGAGAACUUCGGGCCGCCUUGCUGCUGAAGCAAACCUACCUUGUACGCUGUGAUGAUGUUCUGUGGGAUGCCAGUUGGAGAGCUUCUUGGGAUUGCCAAUCCCCAGGAAGCAACUGUGGGUCCCAGCCACAAGAGAUAUGGCAUAAGCAUCGGUGGCGAGGAGGCAUCAGGCAUUUAAAGCUCAGCUUGCCAGCGUUGAUCGAAGCUGUUUCGGAGUUUAUGUCUUGCAGAGCUGAUGUGGCCCUGAAGAAAGAAUCGAAGCUGGUGGACGUACCAGGGCGUUAUCUGGACCACGAUUUUCUGGAAGGAGGUGCCUUGGCCAAGCAUGGCCGCAGUGUUGCGACGGAGUUUGUUGCGCAGAAAGGCAUUGCUCGUAUCGAGCAGGUCGUGGACAGUGAGGCCCACAUAUUCUUUGUCAUGUUGAAGAGUUUGUGGGCGCGCAACGAAAACGAAGAUGGCUACCAACAAAGAGCCCAAGUAGAAGUACCGGUAGAGAAGGCUGAGGCGCUGGUGGGCUUCAUGUUGAGCACUACCGUGGCCGAGGCGCGGCGGUGGCUGCCACGCUUGGGUCUAGCAGAGCCAGUUGAUGUUCAUCACCUGAGUGGAGUUUUGUCCAAGUACGCUGUGUGCAGCUUGGGGCCAAUGAGUUGUCGGAGUUGGAGAUUGGCAGGUCCACCGCCAGAAGCUGGGACAGUUGCAAGUCUCCACUACUGCAUCACUUGCUGGUCCUGCAAAACCUACAUGUGCAGCGGGGCGUGUGAGCACACAUAUGGAAGCCUGCUGAUGGAGAAAUAUGUGGAUUUGAGUCAGCCUUGGUUGAAAGAGCGAGGUGUGAGAAAGAAGAAGCGGCAGCCUUCGCAGCGGAAAGUGCCUGCUGUGCCAAAGGCAAAGGCAAAGGCCGGGGCACAGUCACCAUGGAAAGGUUUGACCAAAGAGGAUCGCAUUGCUGCGUUACGCGCUUUGUAUCCGCGUUAGAGAUGUGAUAGAGCACCAUGAAACCGUCAUGGCUACGAAAAG